CCAUUUACGCAGGACCAGCCACCAGCCUCGGCGGCAGCAGGCGCUCGGCGGCAGAAGUCGGAGACCCGAGCGGGAGGUGGAAGGCCGGGCUGCGGGGGCUGGGACCGCCCGCCCCGCUGGUGGGGCGGCGCCGGGGCGCAGAGCGCCGGGGGCAGGUGCGCGGGGCCGGGACCGCGGGCGCAGGAGCGAGGGGGGCGCGUGGCGGGCACCGGCGGGCGAGCAGCUGACGGCGUCGUCACGGCUGCGGGGGAGUGCGCGCCCCGCCUGCCUCGGGAGGAGCCGAUCGCGCGGCGGUGCUGCCCGUCCAGGGCCAGGCGAGCGGGAGAAGCCCGGAGCAGCCGCACUUCCGCAGGUGCUUUCUGGCUGAGAGUUGGAGCCCGCAAGCAACAUGCCAGAACAGAGCAACGACUACCGGGUGGCCGUGUUCGGAGCAGGUGGCGUCGGCAAGAGCUCCCUGGUCCUGAGGUUUGUGAAGGGCACGUUCCGGGAGAGCUACAUCCCCACCGUGGAGGACACCUACCGGCAGGUCAUCAGCUGCGACAAGAGCAUCUGCACGCUGCAGAUCACGGACACCACCGGCAGCCACCAGUUCCCUGCCAUGCAGCGGCUGUCCAUCUCCAAGGGACACGCCUUCAUCCUGGUGUACUCCAUCACCAGCCGGCAGUCCCUGGAGGAGCUCAAGCCCAUCUACGAACAAAUCUGCGAGAUCAAAGGGGACGUGGAGAGCAUCCCCAUCAUGCUGGUGGGGAACAAGUGUGACGAGAGCCCGAGCCGCGAGGUGGAGAGCAGCGAGGCGGAGGCGCUGGCCCGCCGGUGGAAGUGCGCCUUCAUGGAGACCUCGGCCAAGCUCAACCACAACGUGAAGGAGCUCUUCCAGGAGCUGCUCAACCUGGAGAAGCGCAGGACCGUGAGCCUCCAGAUCGACGGGAAGAAGAGCAAGCAGCAGAAGAGGAAAGAGAAGCUCAAGGGCAAGUGCGUGGUCAUGUGAAUGCCCUCCCGUGUCCCCUGCCACCUCACCUUCCCUCUUCCCCAUGAAACCCGCCGCCGUCAGGGCAGCAUGUAAGAUGCCCACAUGUUAACUAUCGCAUUUUGACUGAGACGUGCCCUAUUGUCCUUAAGAGGGCAUUCCACACACCAACAAUAAGCCCCUCUCCGGAACCAGGGAAUCGGCCAGACGGUUCAACGAAAACCCGUGUGCCCGGCGUGGCAGGGGGCUGAGAGCGCCCACAGCCUCUGUGGCCUCGUGUGUGUGUGCCGCCAGGAGUGGAGCGAGGAAGGGAGGGACUGCCCCUGCAUGUGUGUCCAAGCAUGUUCACCUGGGUCUGCGGGUCCACCACAGACCAGCCUUUCCUCUGCUCAGCAGCCGGUGCUGUCCUGGGGGAGGGGGCGGGAGAGGAGGGGAGAAGCCAGGCCAAAGUUGCUUUCUUCAUGGUUCUUUAACUGGACUGAAACCACACGCCUCCCCCAGAUGCUCACGCCCCGCUGACCUGUGAGCCCCGAGGGGUGCCCCCACUCCCUGGGCCGCGGGGGAGGCUCCGGUUCAGCCUUCCAGAGGAUUUCUGUUCCCGUGCAGUGCGGGCCCAGGAUGCCUGCCCGGGAGAGCGCUGUGGGGUUUGAGCGCGGACACCGCGACGUACGAACCCCACGGCACUGCCACCCUCAGAGGGUUUCACAUGCGAAGUUUCCUUCCUUUAACCCAGGAGGGGGGCACCCCUGCCAGCCUCAGAGUUUAAACACAAGCGACUCACUUCGCUGUGGUAGGCGUCCUGUCCGCCCGUGGCUGUCCCUGUAGGUGACGGCCGGGGAGGCCAGCGCACAUUGCUUUCUAGGUGGCCCGUCGGGAGUGCACACCUCGCCCCUCACGGACGUACUUGGGACGGAGUGGUCACUGUUUCGAUGCCCCUCAAUACACUGCAUUCCUGGAAAACGCCUCCAAGUAGCACACGUCUCCCGGGUCCCAUCAGAAACGCCUCCUCAGAGGAGUGCAGGCAGGGCCCCCUCUUUCUCCUCAUGAUCUGCGUGCGCCCUAGUCCUUCAGCCCGAUCGUGGCGAUGCUGGCCCCUGCCCUGCGGGCGCACGGGGCGGGCGGUGGGGCCGAGGCUGCCGUCCGAGUCCCGUUUGGCUCUGCUUCCUGAAAAGUCCCACUGACAGAGCCCAGUGCUCCCUUUUGCUCCCAUCAGCAUAGCCCAGCCCCUGACUCGGAGUCUCCUCUCAGCAGUCCUCCCGCCGCCCGCCUGGCAGCAGACGUGGCCCCGGCAGCCUGCUGUGGGCAGCAGCGGGCAGAGGUGUCCCGUGUGGGGCGACCGCACCCUCUGGCUCCUCUCCCUGCACCUGCCCCCGGAGCAGGCCUACCUGCAGCACUGGCGCCCCCCUCCUGCUCUCACCGGACCCUAAGUCAGCCUUCCUGGGGGAUUUCCUCCUGUGGUCUCACCCCCUGUUCUAAUGACUCCCCUCCCCCCACAUCCCCCCCAGCCCCGGGGACGGGUCAGUGAGUGUGAGGUGCUCUGAGAACCCAUGGCGCUGGCCUCCCACCUGAGCAGGGAGGGUGUGGGAGGGCCUGGGCGGCAGCGGGGCCCAGAGCCAGCCAGGCCUCUUCUGUCCUCAGGGACGCCCUCCUGCGGGCUGUCCGGCUCUGGGGCUGUCCCACCGCCGUCACAGGGAGAGCUACUUGGUGGGUUUUAGGACAGUUGUCUUGCAACCUGUGUCUACCUGUUUUCUGUUCUAUUCUCAGAGAAAUGCUAUCCAUUUUUAAUGUGGCUCUGGGUCAGGUGGCCAAAGAAGCAGCACUUCCUGGCCAGAAGGGGCCUCGAGGCCUGGGUGGGCUCUGUGCUGGCAAGAGCUGGUGUCGCCACGGGCCUGUCCCAGCUUCCCGGGUGAGCGCCGCGUCAGCCGUCCUCUCCUGCUGACCGUGAGCUUGCCGUUGCCUCCCGGGCCGGCCGUGGGUUUGGGUGUUCAGGCUCCAUCUCUGUGGGGGACACACGCUGGUUGGGAGCUUGCCGUUGCCUCCCAGGCCGGCCGUGGGUUUAGGUGACUGGGAGCUUGCCGUUGCCUCCCAGGCCGGCCGUGGGUUUAGGUGACCGGGAGCUUGCCGUUGCCUCCCGGGCCGGCCGUGGGUUUGUGUGUUCAGGCUCCAUCUCUGUGAGGGGCACAUGCUGGUUGGAAACCUGGUCUUGUUCCCAGGAAGCCAGCGGGGCCUCAGCCGUGGUCUGUGCUCCGAGGUCCCUGCGGGCGCAGGAAACUGACAGGAUCGCUGCUGCGGCAACCGGCCUCUCAGGGCCCCGUGACUCAGGCUGAGGAGUCACCUCCGUGGGGCCAGGCGGUGUCAGCAACGACGGGGCGGUGGGUUCCGGAGGGUGCGGCCUCCAUUGCACACGGGCAGGAGUGUAGGCCAGACAGUGAGCCAACAGCCCCGAAUGGCACUCGGCUGCGCUCUGGAACUAAGCGUGGGCUCCAUGCGUUCCCUCUGUCCCGCCGGCCUCCCUCCAUCCAGUGCCAAGCCAUGGGCGUGCCCUGGGCAUGCAUGCAAUACAGCAAGACCAACCAGAGCAAUAUUGAAUUGUUCAUCAGAUCAAAAUUAUAUAUAUAUAUUAACACAUAUACUUUAUCUUCCUGCAUUUUUGAAAUAUAAAGUAGUGCAUUGUACAUACCCAUAAGCUAGUAUAUUUGUUUCACGGUUUGUAAUGUUUCAGAAUUGCUCAUUCUUUGUAGAACAAACAAUAUAUUAAAUAUUUUAAAAGUUGCUUUGUGAUAAUUUUUUUCAAAAUUUGUAAUGUGUGGCUUUUACAUAAGCUAUCUGGAAAUACCCACAACUCACGGGACACGUAGGCUCUCGAAGCUCCACCCGGGAACGCAGUGCCCACAAAGCACUGUGGGCAGAGCACUUGUAGAGCAUGACUUUUAUACCUGGGGGAUGUCUAUGUGUUUAUUUAUAUUUAAGGUGUAUUUAUUGUUCCAGUUCCAUUAUCCGUCAUAUUUUAAUUACUCUUCAAUUAUAAAAAUCACCCUUGCAUUCAGAUUUCCAGCUGCCAGUGAUGUUCUGAAAAUAAUGAAACAUUAAAAUAAAGCUUUCGUUCUGACA